AUGGAUGGACUUCUCAUCAAUUCAGAAGACAUAAUAACCGAGUCAAUCAACGAAUUGCUCCAGAAGUAUGAGCGACCUGUGUUUAUCCCGUCAAUCCGAGCGAAGCUCAUGGGAAUCCCCGAUUCAACAAACGGGGAUGUCUUCCACAACUGGGCCAAUUUGCCUAUCUCCCGUGAGGAUUUUGCUCGCGAAUCAAAAGAGCAAAUGCGAUUACAUUUUCCGAGCUGUACGCCCCUACCUGGUAGUGAGAAACUUCUGUCAAACCUCCGCCGCGCCCAGAGUGCUGUCUCCGGGGAGAAAAUCGAGCUAGCAUUGGCGUCUACGACGAAGACGUCUACCUUUGAAUUAAAAGUGUCGAAACCGGAGACGAGACGGCUGCUUGAUUUCUUUGAAUCCAGUAGAAGAAUCCUGGGUGACGAUCCACGAAUCGGUGAGGGUCGAAGCAAGCCCGCACCGGAUAUGUAUCUCUUGGCACUGAAGGUGUUGAAUGAGGCCGUAUCACUGUCGGGCGCAAAGCCUAUCUUGCCGAGCGAGUGUUUGGUAUUUGAAGAUAGUGUAAUUGGAGUUGAGGCGGGAAGAAGAGCAGGAAUGAGGGUUGUUUGGGUACCGCAUCCAGAUGUGACUGUCGAAUAUGAAUCGAGAAAAAGGGAAGUGUUGGCUGGGAGGACAGGAUUGAUCGAGAUUGGAGACGAGUGGCAGCUGGGAGACGUUGAUGAUGGCUGGGCAGAAAGUAUACCCAGCUUAGAAUGCUUUGAUUACGAUACAUAUGGUAUCAAUGUGCGAUAA